AUGCAAGGGCUUGCGCUGACGCAGCGCAGCACGUGCCGUGGGCCAAGCAAGCGCGUGCUGACCAAUCAUCGCGUGCCGCGUGGAGUGCGAGCCGCAGUAGCAACUGGUCACGCGAAGGUGGCCAGGGCAAAUCCCGCGGCGAUUCUUCACCGGGUGGAAGAGCUCCCGGACGGCACGGUGGUGCUGCGGUUCGCGGAGGCCCUCACGGGCGGCACAGGCGGCAGGCACGUGGAGGUGGAGCGGAAUGUGGUGGAGUUUCUGCAGGAGUGCACGACGACGUACUGCCGUCUCAUCGAUAACGACACGAUUGACAAUAUCGUGGGCACGCACGUGCCCCUCCAACCAGCCCAGCAGCUAUCCCAUCUGGUAACCACCACCGCCCACAACACCGUAUCUGCACUCAAAGAGACUCUGUCCGGACACGCCCAUCAGCAUCACCACGCACCUGCUAUAAACGGCCGUGCUUCUGCCAGGGAAACACAGCUUGCUGCUGUAAAGACCACUCCUGCACUAGCUGCUGUAGCUCCUUCAGCAGCAUCACAGAAACCAGCAGCAGCAGCAGCAGCAGAGCAGAGUUCCAGAGCGUUCCAGCUUGCACCUACUGCUGCUAAGGCGGUUGCACCUGUUGUGCUUGUAGCGGCAGCAGCAGCAGUUGUGCAAGUGGCUAAGGCCAUGGGCCUAGUUGGGAAGCUAUCAGGAAACACCAUCAAGGCGUGGGCGCUGAGGAGCUGGCCUGCUGCAGCUGUGAUUGUAGCAGUCGCUGCAGGAGUGCUUGUAUGGAGCGGGCUCAAUGGAAGGCAAUCAGGCAAGACGCUACAGCUAUCCUCCAUGUAA